AUGUCCAGUGUAUCCCACUACGCCCUCGAGGUUAGACGCCUUGAGGACAUCCAGCACACAUCCGAACGGCACCGCUCAGAUAUCAAGAUAAAGAUAGAAAUAGGCAACCGGAAGCUGGAAAUCGGUGAACCCGAGGAGGAUGAAUCGACCGCGCGGAAUGACACUUUUACUUUUUCAUCGUUGAACGAACCUUCCAUUCUCAAAAUUCGUGUCAUCGAAAACUCUAAGUGGCGCAGUUCCUGCAUCGCUUCCGUUGACCUUGCGCUUAUGGAUGUACUGAGCAAUUAUGCUGACGGCGAGAACCCACUUGGCCUAUUUGGAUCAUCUGGAUCGUCUCAGGUUCCUGUUGGCAGAGUUUUCCUGUAUGUUAGAGAAAUAGACGAAGCGAGCCGGGCCAAGAUCGAUGUCAAGUGUGUAGAACAAGAUAUCAAGCGGAUUCAGCGAUCCGCAGGUGCUGCAGAUCCUGCUGAUAUGCUUGGAUCGGUUGUCAAGGUGGUGGAUAAAAUUGUGGAAUCAAUUGAUGAUAUUGUCGGAGAUAUUCAUCCGUACCUCAAAAUCGUUUGGACAGCGACUACGGCUUUAUACAAGACCGACAAGAAGCUUGUCGACCUCGUUCGUAUCAUGGAAGGGGCUUAUGAAUUUGCUCGUGAUGCGAAAACUCUUGACGACAGGACCCGAACACUUACGGAAGCGACCGCCAGACUCUUAAGGCAUACGAUCGAAUUAAUCGUAUCCUCAGAGCGAAUACUGAAGAUAAACAGCAACAGAAAGAUGGACGAAUACAAGGAGCGUCUCAUUAUUCUCCGACAAGGGCUAAACGCAAACGUUGCUAUUCAUACUGCCUCUACUGCGGAGCGUGUUUCUGUCAAGGUCGGUGAUGUGUCUGCCAAGGUACAUGGCAUGUUCGUCAAGCUCGAUAACGUGGCUAUCAACGUUGAAGAGACGUUUACAAGGGUUGAAGAAAUUGGUUAG